GCUACGUGGUGCUGUGAUACUGUACGUGAUUGGCGGGAGGGGAAUGUGUGUCUGGCUGGGAACCUGCUACUGGUUUCCCAUCUAUCACACAGCCGCAGUCAGACAGACGGUCUCCCAGCAGAAACAGCGAGACAGAGGGACAACAGAACACUCCUCUCUCCGCUCAGAAACCUAACCGCCGUCUUUGGAGGAGUGGAGUCGACGUGAUGUUUAGCGCGAAAUGCUACCGUUGAGAGUGAGAAGAGAGCGAACAGUGAGGAAAAGGCUGCUGAAAGUGGGUGAACUGUGACAGCAGCUGGAAAAUUUAAACGACGGAUUUGUGGACCACACGUGGAAAGCACCGCUGAAACACAACGUGAAGGGUGCAUCUUGUCCUCUCCACUUCAACUGUUGCCAGCUGAUCACUCCUGCCUGCCUCAGAGAUGAGUGCCAAGUCAGCCAUUAACAAGGAGGUCUUCAUACCCCAUGAUGAAAAGAUGCUUGCUGCAGUGCAGGUGAAGCGGAGAACCAAGAAGAAGAUUCCCUUCUUGGCCACGGGUGGUCAGGGAGACUACAUGACCUUCAUCUGCCUCUCAGUGACAAAUAAGAAGCCGUCCCACGUAUCCAUCACUAAGGUGAAGCAGUUCCAAGGAUCUACUGCCUUUGUCAAAAGAUCGCAGUGGACGAUCGAGCAGCUACGGCAGGUCAACGGCAUCGACCCAAACAAAGACUCUCCAGAGUUUGACCUGAUGUUUGAAAAUGCUUUUGACCAGUGGGUGGCUGGAUCAGCAGGAGAGAAGUGCACCUUCAUUCAGAUUCUCCACCACACCUGCCAGCGCUACAGUUCCGCACGGAAACCAGAGUUCGUCAACUGUCAGUCCAAACUACUGGGGGGUAACAGUAUACUACACUCAGCUGCAGACAGUGUGACGAGCGCCGUGCAGAAGGCCAGCCAGGCUCUGAAUGAGCGUGGGGAGCGGUUAGGCCGGGCUGAAGAGAGGACUGCAGACAUGAUGAACAGCGCUGAGCAAUUCGCUGUCACUGCGCACAAGCUUGCCAUGAAGCACAAGUGUUAAACCACUGCCAAAACCAACUAGGGGGGAGGGGAUCAACAAACGCCAGUUGCUGUACAGGAGAAGGAUUCCAGACUAUUUUCUGUUUAAAGAUUUUAAUAUGAUUACUAUUUGUUAACAAUGUUAACAUUUUAACGCUUUGUGUUCUGAUGCAUCUUGGGAUGGUGACGCAUCGAGCAGAAGGGGAGGAAGAAAGGUAAACAAUCCUACCGCAGAAUGUUUCAUGCUUCUGUUUGCCGAAAGAAAAAAAAACAUCAUGAGCCCCAGCUAUAACUGUGUUUUUAUAACCUCGGUCACUGAAAACACUUACACUUCUCAUAUGCCUAGCCACUGAUGCGACUGCACACAUGCUGACAAGUCAUUACCGCUAAUCGAUUCAAGACAAGCAACAGCUCGCCACCGAGGUUAUUAAUUGUUCUGUUAUUUAUGAGCUCUGCAGUGAUUAUGCAGUCUAAUUUGAGUGACUGACCCUCUCAUCAGUUUUGGCUUUGGACAGAUUUAUAUCACAUAUAUAGCUAAAGAUAGCUCAGAUUUGACAUAGCGCUUAGAUUUAACUCAGACAUUUGGACUUCAAACAGGAUGUCAGACAAAAACUAUCUGUGGAUUAAACAAAUUGAUUUUUAUCUUUAUUACUGAUAAAUCAAAACUAUAUUAUCCAAGGGAUAUUUCUGGGUUUUUGAGUUGGGGUCAUAUGAGGAACUUGGCAAUAGUCGUAGUCAGCAUCAGCCUCCAGAGAUAGGGGUAACGAUGCCCCUUUAAGAAGACUCGCUGGCCAUACUGGCAAGAAACCUAGGCUAUUCAGCUCUACAGACAGGUACACUUUUGCCACGUUAGUUAGUGAGUUUAAGGUGAAACUAGAAAGCCUCAGUGUUUGGCACCAUUUUGCAGUGCAAGCUUUGGCUACUGGCUACAUGUUCUUCCGCUUCAGCAUAUCUGAUCAACUCUUUCCAACAGAGAAAACAACACACUAAACUUAAAGUAGUUAUUUCAGCUCAGGUUUCCACCUCAACAGCUAACACAAUGUUUUCAUAAGGUAAACAUAUUGUGCUGACUGUAGCUUGUCUUAUUAUCAGCCGUUAGUAGAAUAAAUUAACAGCCAUAAACUUACCUGGAUGAAAAAUUCACAUUCAGCGCUUCUGGUCAGGAUCUGUUUCUCCAGUUUAUCCUUGGGAAGUUCAAUAAGGUUGGUGAAACACCACCGUUCAGUAAGGCAGGGAACUCUGAAUGGGGAGUGAUGCAGGCUACAGACGUCUGUGAGCUGCUAUCCUAGAUCAGAAAUGUCCUGAAGAAGUGUUGUGCUCUUCCACUUGUGACAGCAGUAGCUCUCCAUGAUUAUGGGCCCACAGUUUGCACUAUUUUGCAGUGCAGUCCUCUACUAUGUGCUCUUCUGCUUUGGCAUAUUGCCACCUCCCAAUCAGCAGUUUUGGUCUGCAGCUUCAACAGAGACAACAACAGCAAACUAAGCUAAAAUAAAAGUAAGUGGUUUAGAUGAUGAAGUGACGAUGAUGUUCGUUUACUGUGGAUUCUAGGAGAUACUUUAAUAACUCGGAGAACACAGAGGAACGACUUCUGCAGAUGGAGGAUUGAGGGGAAGAGGAAAGAAACAUUGACGACUGGAGACAAGUUACCUGCUGAUGUAGGUGUGUAAAACUGCGAACCCAUUAUCAUAGAAAGCUACUGUUGUCAAAGGCUGGACUUCACAACACUUCUUCAGUACACUUCUGAUUGAGAAUAGUGGCUCACAGACAUCUGUAACCUGCAUCACUCCCCAUCCAGAGUACCCUGCCUCAACUUUCCAAAGAUGAUCCGUGUGAAAAAUAAAACUCUUUAAAAAAAAAAAUAAUAAUAUAGCGUACAUUUCAGCCAACGUUGUUUUUGGUUGCAUUUUUACCCGAAACUUGCAAAAUUGGAGAAAGUGUACUUGUCUGUAUUGCUGUAUAGCCUAGCUUCUUCAGGCGUAUCCCGUUAAAAGGGAAAUGCUAACUAAAAUCUCUGGAGGCUACUACUAUUCCCAAGUACCUCAUACAACCCAACUUCAAAAAUACCAAAACAUCCCUUUAAGACUUCCAUUUCAGUGCAGGUUUAGGAACUGCAGUCUGUUCUUCUGUCCAUUAUUUCAGAAAGUUUAAACCCAGUAUUAGUCACAUUACUUUCAACAUUAUUUCACAUGAGACUGAAUGGCAUAAGUGGGGGAAAAUAUGAAAACAACUAAAUAAUAUACAACAUCAUUUGUCAGACUUGUCUUGAAUACAAACCAAAACUACAUGGAAUACAUUUGCCAACAUUUUUGAAGUGUACUUGAAGAACUCUGUUAUAAAAUGAAGCUUUUUAAGUCUAAUAAUUUAUGUUUAGGGGAAUGAGGGUGCAAUUCAGUAAACCAGCUUCUGCCCUGUACAAAGCUAACCUUGUAAUUCCUCAGUACUAUAUCUAAAUGUCUGUAGAGCUAUUAUGUCCCAUUCACAUGGGAUCUUUUAAAAUUACUUCCGCUGUAUUUCAGCUUAACACACUCAGUAAACUACGUUCUGCUUUUGUAUAAUUUGGGUUGGUCAUUAUACUGAUGUGUACACUGGUAAAUACAGGGCCAAAUGUCUUAAAUGUCUGCAGCAGCAGUGUGUAGUUCUAGUGUAUUAUUUGUGUCAUUUCUCUCACACUGACUGUAACUUUGGCUUCCUCGCUGGUAAGAUGGCACCACCACUAUCGAGAUGUAUUUGAUUCUUUUUAUAUUUUGAAUUUUAUAAUUCAUGAUGUUACAAUGCACCGACAACCUUAUCUUGCAGAGCACUGUCGAGUUCACAAUGAAACGUUCCAGUUGCCUAUCUGUUCUUGUGCUUGUAUUCCUCUCUUAACACUUUGGAUGUUUUAUUG